AAUUGUGACCUCACCAUGUCUGUCCACUUCCUGGCCUUACUCGUGCUUGUGCUGACUCUUGAAGAACAAGUUUACUUGGGGAAGAUCACUGGAGGCCAUGAGGCUGUGCCACAUAGCAGACCAUACAUGGUGCUUUUGCAGAGGCACAUGUUAGAUGGUCAAAAAAAGUACUGCGGUGGCUUCCUCCUGAAUGAGGAUUUUGUGAUGACUGCUGCCCACUGUCACGCCAAGUCUUACAUAGUCGUAGUCGGACUUCACAAUGUUCGUUCAAGUAAAGAAACACAACGCAUAUCUGUAGAAGAAACAUUUCCACAUGAACAGUUCAACCCAAUUUCCUUUGUGAAUGAUGUAAUGCUUCUAAAGUUGAGCACCAAGGCAAACUUCAACGAAAAUGUGAAACCUAUUCCCCUGGCAAGUCGUGAUAAUGGUACUUUGCCAAAAUCAUGUAUACUCUCUGGCUGGGGACGAACAGACAAAAAUGCUAAAUAUUUGUCUCCCACACUCAUGGAAAUCAGUGUUACACUGGUUGACAAUAAGGAGUGCACCAUGGAAAACUUCUACUGCUCUCAGGGAGACACAGGUCCAGCUGAGGGAGACUCUGGUGGUCCAUUGGUGUGUGAAGAUGGAAAGGCAUUUGGGGUGGUCUCCAGUGCAGUCAGACCACACUCAGGUGGCUCAGAUAUCUAUAGAUACUCGAAGAUUCCUGACUCUAGAAACUGGAUAUUUUCAACCAUUGGAAAUGCCAUGAUAAAGGUGUAAUGCUUAUGAAGGCAGGUUGUUUAAAUUUCAUCUUUUGCUUUUGCUGUUUGUGUUUGAAAAUUGAUCACUGCAAUGCUAAUGCUAAGUUUGGGCUUGCAGGCUUUGUACAGAUCUAACUUUGAUGUCUCCACAGCAAAAGCUUUGUCAGAAGAAAUGAGAGUGUCAAGGUUUUUUAUAAGGUUCUAAAAGGAAUUUCUAAAUUUGUAUUUGCAACAACUCGUUCAUUCCACACAGAUUAAAUAUAACCCUAAAUCUAAAAUUAAACUGUAGCAGUGCAUAAGGUGUCAUUUCAAUUGACAUUUGAUAGUGUAUUUGAUUACAUUUAAAUUUGUUAUAUGUGCCAUAUU